AUGAGAAUUGGCUUCCUAGGCCUGGGAACGAUGGGUACGCCCAUGGCCCUCAAUCUACGACGACAGUUCCCGGUCACAGUGUGGAAUCGCAAUACCGCCAAAUGCACGCCCCUCGUUGAGGCCGGCGCCAAAGCCGCAAAGACUCCUUCCGCUGUGGUUGAGAAGUCCGAUGUCAUUUUCACAAUGCUUUUCGACGACAAAGCGAUCCAAUCGAUGAUUGAAAACGAGCCCAAUGACAAGUUUAUGAAAGCCAUACGUGGUAAAACAUUGAUCAACACUAGCUCAGUGUCUGUCGACUUCAGCCAUAAGCUUGCGCAGCAGGUACAGAAUGCGGGGGGCCAGUUUGUUGAGAUGCCUGUCAGUGGCAGCAAGGUCCCAGCUGAGGAGGGAAAGCUUGUAGGCAUGAUGGCUGGCGACCCACAGGUUGCUGAACAGAUCAGAGCCGUCGUCGAACCUAUCACUACUGCGGCCAUCUACUGCGGUCCUAUCGGAUCAGGCUUGAAGGCUAAAUAUUCCAUCAACCUGUUCCUGAUCUCUGUGACCACUGGUCUUGCAGAAUCAGUGAAUCUUGCCAGAGCUCAAGGGUUGGACUUGGAGGCCUUUGGACAGGUACUAAACAGUAGUCCGUUGGCAUCUGCAUACUCCAAGAUGAAGAUGGCGAAGAUACUCGACGGAGAUUGGACACCCCAGGCGGCCAUCAAAGACUGCUAUAACAGCACUGAGCUGAUCAAGUCUGCUGCGCAAAGCGUACAAGUUCAAACUCCAUCUAUCCAAGUUUGCAAUUCUCUCUAUAGAGAAGCUCACGAAAAUGGUUUGGGGGAGGAGGAUAUGAUGGCUAUUUAUAAAGUGUUUGCCGAGACUCCGGGAAAGUUUUGUACAUAA